AAGUGGGCCAGUGAAGGGGGGGGGGGUGAGUUGUUUUUCAAACUCAGACAUUUCAGAGCUUUAAGUGGGCUCCUCACAGAGCUGCUGUUUUGGCUUAAGUUCAGUACAGUUCUUUCUCAGCAGGAAUACUCAAAAAGUAACUCAACUCAAUAUUGAAUUCAUCUCCUUAACGGUUUACUUAGAAUCUAAAAAAAGACAACUUAUGCUAACAGGAAGCUUUCUGAAAAACUAUUACUAUGUUCUCUGAGAUCCUUUCUGAAAGAGUGAUGUGGAGUGGAAGAGAGGAGUCCAUCUACACUAUGUCUCUGUCACACACACACACACACACACACACACACACACAGUUGGCUGUUGUUGGCUGUGACUGGGGUGCUGUGGUGAGAGUGGGGCUCAGUGUGGCCAGGCAGAGGCCAGUGUUGCGGGCAGACAGGCAGCAGAGAGUGUUGAGCCACAGAAACGUGCCCAGGGUGGAUAAACCAUGCUCACUAAGUGGGGGAAAGACUCUGCCCAGGACACAAGAUGAAGGUGGAGAGGAAGACCUCCUCUACAGGCGAUACUUUUAUUGACAGUCCUCCGCUACUGACGAUCUUUGGCCUCCUCCUCCUUCUCUUCACAGGUGAGGUGUCAGGGGUGAAUGUGACCAGUCAAACUCAGGUGGUGAGGGGCACAGUGGGCAAAGAGGCUCUCUUGUCAGUCAGCUACUCCAGCAGCAGCUCUGACAAGCCUGUGAUCAAGUGGCAGAUAAAGAGGGACAAAGAGAAACCCAUCACCGUUGUGCAGUCCAUAGGAACUGACAUCAUAGGGAACCUGAGGCCAGAGUACCGCAACCGUAUCUCGGUGUUUGAGAAUGGCUCUCUGCUGCUUCACAACCUGCAGCUGUCAGACGAAGGGGCGUAUGAAGUGGAGAUCUCCAUUACUGACGACACCUUCACUGGAGAGUCCUACAUUGAGCUCACUGUGGAUGUUCCUGUGUCAAAACCUUACAUCCAGAUGAUGGCCUCAUCUGUCCUGGAGUACAGCGAGCACUUUAACCUGCACUGCUCCCACGAUAAUGGCACAAAGCCAGCCUACGGUUGGCUGAAGGGAGGCAAGGUGCUGACCAAUGACUCACGUCUGCUGCUUUCACAUGACCAAAAGGUGCUGACCAUCUCACGUGUUCUGAUGUCAGAUGAUGACAUAUACGCCUGCACAGUGGAGAACCCCAUCAGCAGCAUGAAGAGCAUACCUGUCAAGCUCACAGUCUACAGACGGAGCUCGCUAUACAUCAUCCUGUCCACCGGUGGCAUAUUCCUCCUAAUCACCCUGGUGACGGUGUGCGCCUGUUGGAAACCGUCCAAAAAGAAACAUCGACCUGUCCCCCAAAGAGCUCCAAUCUAUGUGGAGCAGAGUGAAAAUGGCCACGAUGUUGAUGUUGUUCCUAAACCAACUACACUUGGUCGAAGAAGUCCCAUGCCUCUUUAUGUUCUCAAUGAAGAUGAGACACUGGAGCGUCUCGAAGAAUGUUCUGGCAAUGCUGUCAGCCAAUCAGAAACGAGUAUCCCUGCUGCCUGUGCUCCAGUCCUUCCCCCCAUUUCCAACAGAACUGAGCGGCCCAUCUGGUCUGCCCCACGCAGAUACCCCCGUAGCCCCUCUCCACUGGCACAGCCUUUCCCACAAACCCUUCCAAUUCCUUCCCUACGUCCGGUCCGCUCACCUGCUCACUCCCCUGGUUCGUCUCCUCGCAGUUUCAGCCCAAUAAGAAAAGUCCGUCCUCCGGCUGGAAUCCCAACCAGUCACCUGCCUGUAGAGGCGGAGUGUCCAGAGCCUUGUGAUCAGACUCACUGUCCAUCACAGCAGUGACAACUGCUUAGAUGUGCCUUCUCAUUCUGUGAUAUGUAAAGUGCAUGUAUAGUUUGCUAUCUUCUGUUGCAUCCUGCCAUGGGGAUCAUGGAUUUGAUGUAGUAAGAGAUGAGCUUACUUUCAGCUAACUUUAUAUUCCAUUAUUUAUCAUUUAUUUUCUCUAUGGCUAUGCACAGUAUUUCUGUAGUCUUUUGACAAUAUCCUGUCAUAUGAAAAAUUAUAUUCUGUCUACCAGAAUGUAGAAUAUUAUAUAUAUGAUGCUGAGACAGAAUUUCCAGCUCUGGUAUAAAUGUUACUUCUGGAUGAAUUAUGAAUUUUACUGAGAACCUUUGAUAAGUGCCUGUACAUAUAUGUAAGUUAAUAGUUUUGGAUCAUUUUUUUCUUUUGAACAAUUAAAACACAAAGUAUAUUCUUAUUCAACAUUAGGUUGUCAUAUAAGAUAAUAAAAAUAGUUAAAAUAGUUUAUAGUUUGUCAUCAAUUUUGUAAUUGCACAAACUAGCCAUGACCAUUUCAUUUUAAGUUCUUAUUCAGUUUGAUUCAUGCAGUAUAAUUUCAUUGUCUUUUUAUCAGUGUCACACACAGAGACGACGAAGUAAUACCACAAAGUAGAAAUGUUUUACUUUCUGAAGUUUCAGUGAGGAAGCUGGAUACGAUAUGCCAUUCUGGAGGAUGCAUGUAAUUCCUUUCUAGUCCAUUAGGUGUCACCCACAUAUGUUAAAUAUUUUGUUUGUGCACAGGAGAGCAUUCCAAAUGUCCAUGUAAAGAUAUUUUACAUUCAAUAGUUUUUGUUAGUUUUAUUCAUCCAUCAUGCAGCAUUAUGUUUUAUGCUUUGGAUGUGUAAUCGCUGUUUUGCCCUUUGCCAAAAGAUGGUGCCCAUGAGCAACUGGUUGACAAAUGAUAGUGCCUCUUGAACUUCAUUUACUUGACAUUCAAAGGUCAAUGAGGACCAAGCUCAA